UCACUUGACUUCCUCACCUUAUCCGAGCUCUAUCUUGUUUUUCACUUUUAGCACCACAACUUUGAUGCUCCAACUCUGCCAGGACGCAAUAUUGACAUGGCCGCACUAUUACCUGGCUUGCUCCAGGGGAAGAGGAGUGUCACGCAGAACAGGAGUGUCUCAUCCCCUGUCUUUUCCAGUUCUGGAUGGCUGGCUUCAUAAUGUUAGGUGCAGAUGCUGGAGCACUCAUGAAAAUCACUCUUUUGCUGCUCUGGCUUAAGGUGCUUCCAUCCCCUGUUGACCUCUCACAGACUGGGUCCACUCAAUACCUCAGUUCUCCAGAAGUGGUCAUCCCUCUGAAGGUAACCAGCAUGGCCAGGGGUGCAAAGAAUUCAGAGUGGCUUUCCUACAGCCUUGUGUUUGGGGGCCGCAGACAUGUUGUCCAUAUGCAAGUCAAGAAGCUGUUGGUUUCUCCUCACUUCCCUGUGCUCACCUACACAGAGGAACACACACCUGUCAGUGAUUACCCCUUUGUCCCUAGUGACUGUUACUAUCAUGGUUAUGUAGAGGGAGCCCCUGAGUCUUUAGUUGCGUUCAGUGCCUGCAGUGGGGGCUUUCAGGGAGUGUUACAAAUGAAUGGCUUCUCUUAUGAAAUUGAACCUCUCAAGCACUCUAGCACAUUUGAACACCUAAUCUAUACAUUAAAUAAUAACAAGACACAGUUUCCACCUGUGAUAUGUAGUUUAACAGAGAAGAGACCACCGUACCGACCCUUUGGACUUGAAGAGACUGAGAAGUCAGCUAUGAAGCAAACUUAUGGAAAACUGUGGCCUCACACAUGGUAUCUAGAGCUGGCUGUAGUGGUAGACUAUGAUUUCUUCACUAACUCUCAGCAAAACUUGUCAAAGGUGCGAGGAGAAGUGGUUCUGGUCGUUAACAUGGUAGAUUCCAUGUACAAGCAGCUGGAUACUUAUGUGACUUUGGUUGGCAUUGAGAUUUGGAACCGAGGAAAUGUUCUCCCAAUGGAAGACAUAGAACAGGUCUUAGAAGAUUUUUCUAAUUGGAAGCAAAUCAGUCUUUCUCAGGUACAUCAUGAUGCAGCCCAUAUUUUCAUUAGAAGCUCACUUAUAAAUGUACUUGGUAUAGCCUACGUUGCAGGAAUAUGUCGUCCUCCUCUUGAUUGUGGAGUUGAAAAUUUCCAGGGGGACUCCUGGUCUCUUUUUGCCAAUACGGUGGCCCAUGAGUUAGGUCAUACUUUUGGAAUGAAGCAUGAUGAAGAGUCCUGUUCUUGUGGGGAAAUGGGUUGUGUCAUGAGUACUUUCAGAGUGCCAGCAGAGAGAUUCACCAAUUGCAGCUAUAGCAAUUUUAUGCAUACCACUUUAAACCAAGGAACUUGUUUGUACAAUCAUCCAAGACCAGGGACAGGCUUUCUGGUGAAGCGCUGUGGGAAUGGAAUAGUUGAAAGUGAAGAAGAGUGUGACUGUGGAUCUGUACGGGAAUGUGAACAAGAUCCCUGUUGUUUUUUAAACUGUACACUGAGGCCUGGGGCUGCUUGUGCUUUUGGGCUCUGUUGCAAAGACUGCAAAUUCAUGCUAUCAGGGGAACUCUGUAGACCAAAGAUCAAUGAAUGUGACCUUCCAGAAUGGUGCAAUGGAACAUCUCCCCAGUGCCCAGAAGAUGGAUAUGUACAGGAUGGGGUCCCCUGUGGUGCCAGUGCCUACUGCUAUCAGAAGCAGUGUAAUAACCAUGACCAACAGUGCAGGGAGAUUUUUGGCAAAGGUGCAAGAAGCGCAUCUCAUAAUUGCUAUAAAGAAAUCAACUCACAAGGAAACAGGUUUGGCCAUUGUGGCACAAAUGGCACAGUAUUCCUAAAAUGUAGAAUGCCAGAUGUGUUUUGUGGUAAAGUCCAGUGUGAAAAUGUGGAAGACAUUCACCACCCCCAGGCUCAUUAUGUUUUGCAGAACAUUUAUGCCAAUGGUAUCACCUGCUGGAGUACUGGUCAUUGUUUGGGGAUGGGUGUACCUGAUGUUGGUGAAGUGAAAGAUGGCACCACCUGUGGAAUAGGAAAGAUCUGCAUACACAAGAAGUGUGUCAGUCUGUCUGUCCUUUCAAAUGCUUGCCUUCCUGAGACUUGUAAUAGGAAGGGGAUCUGUAAUAACAAGCAUCACUGUCACUGUGACGAUGGAUGGUCCCUUCCUUUCUGCCUGCACAGAGGGGAUGGAGGUAGUGUUGACAGUGGUCCAACACCUCCAACGAGAAGAGUCACUGUCUCUGUCUUGUCAAUAACCACGACUGUUUUAUCUGUUCUAACUUGUCUGUUCAUAGUUGGGCUUUAUAGAAUAUAUUGUAAAAUACCUUCUGGACCCAAAGAGACUAAGACUUCUUCACCAGGUUAAGAAGACAUAUAGCUUAAUAGCCCAUGCAUUAAGUUUGACAACAACAAUAUUAUUGUAUGUAUGAAUCUGGGCAAAUUUAUGAGAGUUUAUAGAAAGAUGAAAGUAACCUCCCCUUCAUCUGUAU